UAUUAUGGCAUUCAUACAACGAGCACCUCUUCUACGCUGUCUGCCAUUGGUUAUAGUAUGCAUUCUAACCCCGACGCUCAUCCAAACCAUACACCAAGAUGCCAUGUUUACUCCUCCUAUGAAAUGUCAGUAUGAUGUCGAGCAGAAUAAAGCUGAUUGCCAUUUUCAAGGAUUUGACUCCAUCCCUCAGAAUCUUCCAAACAAUAUUAAAGAACUGGACGUCAGGCUCAACAAUAUCACUUUCAUCUUGAGUUCUUCUUUUAAGAGAUACCCUUUGAUCCAGGUCUUGGAUCUUUCCUCAAACGACAUUAGAGUGAUAGAAUCUGCAUCUUUUUACCCUCUAAAGGACUUGAAUCGUUUAAUCCUAAAUGGCAACCCUAAUCUUGUUCUUCCAGCUACAGACCUAUUCAGGUGGUCUAAGAACCUGUCCAUCCUGGAUCUGUCAUUUUGUUAUCUGAAACUGCUUCCAAACGACACUCUUAAAUGGAGCCCGUCUGUGGAGUCGUUAUACCUUGGCUUCAACAAACUCACUUUCGUAAACAUGAGCCUUUGUGGCAGAGCAAAGAAUGUUCGGUUGGUUGGUAAUAAAAUCAAGCAUCUCACGGCAGAAUCUUUUAUUUUCGGAUGUCAAAGUUAUUAUGUGGAUCUGCGCGCGAAUCCUAUUAAAUCAGUUGACCCGAACGUUAUUGCAUCGUUGCAUGUCCGAUCACUGGUCCUUGGGUACUACCCUUUGACACUGAAGGAUACUUUUAGCGGGAUAUGUCGCUCUGAAAUAGUAGAGCUCGCUUUAUUUAUAACUGAUAUCAAUAUCACAGUCUUGCCACGAGAUUUCUUUGGUCACUUGCGUAAUUGCUCUCUUUCCGUGCUAAGAUUAGCAGGGAACAAGAUACAAUUCCUCUCUCCGUACGUGUUCUCAAACUUGACACGACUCGUGGAGCUUGAUCUAUCGGUCAACAAAGUACAAUCCCUCUCUCCGUACGUUUUCUCAAACUUGACAAGACUCGUGGAACUUGAUCUAUCGUGCAACAAAAUCCAAUCCCUCUCUCCAUACGUGUUCUCAAACUUGACAAGACUCGUGGAACUUGAUCUAUCGUACAACAAAAUCCAAUCCCUCUCUCAAUACGUGUUCUCAAACUUGACAAGACUCGUCGAACUUCAUCUAUCGUACAAUGAAAUCGUCACUGUUGAACCGGUAUUCUUUCAAGGCAUGCGGGAGCUAAAAGUAUUGAACUUGAAAAAAAAUAGAAUAAAAUAUAUAAACCCAAAUACUGACGUAUGGGCUCUGGACUUGAAUGAGUUGUACUUACGCGGCAAUUCUUUGACAACACUCUCAGAAUUCGCAUUUUUCGGUUUGCGAAAUCUAACGCUGUUAGAUCUGAGCUUCAAUAGAGACCUUAUUGUCCUGGAAAUCACGUCGUCCUCGGAAUUGACGGGAAUUCAAACCAUCAACUUAAACUAUUGCCUUAUUUCCAGAUUUCAACCGGUAGCCCCGAACUUAACAACCCUUCACCUGAAUAACAAUGACAACCCAAUGGUCUGCCCCAUACAUAGAAUAUCCUUCAAAGAUUCACAAGAGCUUGUAGAUUUGGAAAUCCGUGAAUCGGGCCUGUCGACAAAUGAUCUAUGGGAUAUACUCCUGAAUGUCUCUAUUUUUGACGGAUUGUCAAAUCUGAUUAUUUUGGAUCUAAGCUUCAAUUAUUUUAACAUUCUAGAUAAUUUCCCAGCUAGGAUCUUUGAACAACUCUCUGCUCUUCAGAAGCUUAGUUUAGAAGCCUGUCGUAUUUCAGGCCUUCAUCCAUUAGCUUUUAUGGGAUUGGAAUCGCUUCGGGUGCUAAAUUUACGUGGGAACACAAUUCAACAACUUAAUUUUGAUAUAUUCAAAGUAUUAGAACUAGUGACAAUUAUCAAUCUUGAUGACAACCGUUUGGCAUACCUCGAUGAACAACUAUUCUCUAACAAUCCCAGACUGACUACUCUUUUGCUAUCAAACAAUAGAUUAACCCGUCUCAACCAAACGACAUUUGAACCGAUAGAAUCUUUGCUUUUAUCUUUCGAUUUGUCAUUGAACCCUAUCGUUUGUAACUGCGAUCUACGCUGGUUCCGCGAUUUGGUUAGACAUAUUGACGUCAUUAACGAGAACAGAACCGUCUGUUCGUCGGCCUCUUUAGAGCCUCUUCGCAGGAAACCUUUGCUUGAUUUUGAUCCCAAUAAACUUUGUGGACUCAACAUAGUUCUUGUAACCUUGACUCCUCUCGCCGGCAUUUUCUUGGUUGUCAUCGUCGUAGUCCUUUAUCACAACCGAUGGCCGUUAAAGUAUAAACUCUUUCUCUUGAAACUAAUGGUAAUUGGAUAUAAAGAGAUGAGAGACGCCCGAAACCACAACGACUACGAGUUUGACUUGAAUAUCAUCUUCUACGAUGACGACGAAGAAUGGGUUCGUCAACAACUCCAACCAGCUCUGGAAGAACGGCUUCCGCAGUUCCAGAAGAACGUCUUUGGUGAUCAAGACCUCAUCCUUGGUAUGCACUAUCUGGACGCUGUCGACUACGUGGUGAGUCAUAGUUACAAAACCAUCAUUCUACUCAGCAGAGCCGCCGUGCACGAUCGCUGGUUUAUGCUCAAACUCCGCACCGCCAUGGACCAUGUGAGCGACACCGAGACCGAAUUCGUAGUCGUGGUCUUUCUCGAAGACUUCCCUGACGAGGAUAUACCAUUCUUGGCAAGGUUAUAUUUAAGUGACGGCAGACCCUACCAACAUUGGACCGAGGACGUGAGAGGACACGAUUUUUUCUGGAAUGCCCUGGUAAAAAAUCUUACCAUUAAUCUCAGGACCAAUGACUUUAUCCCCAACGAGUAGUAACGGUCUGACUUAUUUUCGGGCAGACCCAAGCUAGUUUGUUCCAUACAUUACUGUCCACAUCUCAGAUUUUAGUAUAUCUGAUUCAUGUAUUAAGCCAAAAGCCCUACUAGAGCUUGGAUCAUACUAAAUAUGAAGUGGCAAACACAUCUGAUGUCAAUUUAUAUUCAGAAAUCCAUCAUAUGUGGUCAUGCAUAAAUUAUGAUACACUAAAUGGCGUAAUACCUUGGUUUUGCUCUUGUGCAGUAUACCGGUUGAGGGAAGAAAUAGCAAAACAUGACUAUUCAUGUUACUCUAGACCAGGGAUUCCCAAAGUCUGGACCGCGGGACAUGCUAAUCCGGACCGCCGGGGAGGCUCUUUUUUCAAACCUUUAAAGGUCCGGGGCAGAUUCCACUCUGCCCCUAUCUUUUUGGUACCAAAUGUAUAAACGUUCGAUCAAAGGGUACCAUGGCUACUGCGUAGUGUUCAUAAAUCACAGCGCUGCAAAAAUGAACAUUUCCCUAUAAAUUAUGAUCCGUACAAAAUGCAGAAUUGUUACUUCUCGGAUAUGUGAGUAGUUAAUUAGUAAUCAUUCAAAAGCCAUUUGAGACAUAGAUAUGAAAUUUCAUGGACGUAUUCUUUAUGAGAUACUCUAUCAAUAUUCCAAGUUUAAUAAUGUUUUGUCAUUCCAUGGCUGAGAUUCCAAGGGGACAACCACCCCAGCAAUCUCUCCAUUUGUGCCAAUGUUUAGACAGAUUACUGCCGGAAAACAAUGCUACUUUUCAUACUGAUAUACCCUACAUGUAUACUAGAACUUCCACUUUUGACUGUCUUAACUCUUGAAAUGAAUGUACAUGUACGUGUAAAGACACGAAUGUAUAAUAUCGCAAGCCUAUAUUCAUGGAAAUAAUUGAUUAAGUAACCUAAAUUUGCCCAUUGUUUCGGACCAUUUAGCUAUCAUGGAAAUCACAUCUGGACCGCCAAGGAAAAGUUUGAGUACCCUGCUCUACCACUGAGCCAUCGCCCCUCCUAAAAGUGGGCUUUAUACUCGUAUGCAAAACACAUUUCCGUACAAAAACACACACCUACACGCACAGCGGUUUUUUGCAACGUGACUAUUCAUCCAGGGUAGACAUUCUACAGCGUUUCAAUAUGUUAUAUUCUUUUCUUCUUCUCCUUUUAUCUUUGUUCUGUACUAAUCUUUUUUUACGUCUUGCAUUAAUAAUACGUUAUCACAAUCAGGGAGUUAAAAAUAACGCAGGAUACUAUUUCUAGCUAUAAAGUUAAAUAGUAAUGUUUGAUUAGUAAGACUGAUUCGAAAACCAAAGUCCCAAAUGCUAAAAACUUGACAGUCAUGCUUUUUUUGUUUAUAACAAUCAGUUUUGGUUUUGAUCCAGCUCUCCA